GUCCAUCCAUCGACUACAGACGACUGCCGUGCCAGUGCAACAGUUUCGUUUGUUCAGUCUUUCUCGACUGUAGUGGUUAUCGUUAUUGUUAUUUCCUCGGCUCGCGAUGAGUACAUCGUAUCGUCGUCGUGUCUUCAGCUAUUCACUCACGCAUUUGUCUAUCCAAUCCAUGCGUCUUGUCAUUGUUUCAUUUUGAUUUUUUUUCUACCCGUCUAAUAUUAAAUUUAUUUAUUUUAUUAUUAUUAUUUUUUUUUUAAAUUCAAUUUAAACCGUCUUACUUUUUGACGUUUCUCGAGGGUCGCCUGAUUUYUGAUUAAUUUAUUUAUUUAUCACUAAAACCGAUUUCAAUUAAUAACCACCAAAUUGUUAUAUAAUAAUUGUCUGGUACAAUAUCAUUAUAUACUGGAGAUUGUGAAUCACAACAUUGUAUGAUAUAUUAUUUACAUUUGACUGGAAGCGUGCCGAAUUACAAGAACAGUAUCGUUUGCUGCCAAAAAACCGAAAACGAAUUAAAAGGACUAUUACAAUAUCUUAGGUUUUACUGAACGCAACAAUACAUUUAUGGUAAUGGAGAUGUAAACAUGGGGGGACGACAGUAUAUAAGAAGUCACCGACACAGUUGGUGGCCUCCAAGACCGCCAUGGAUAACACUGAUGUCGAUAUCAUUAUUCGUUAAUUUGGCAUACACUUCAAUAACCUGUGGACCGGGUAUUAAAUCAGCUGGAGUAACCAUUCCGAGAGGUGAUAUUGUCAUUGAAUACGGCUCCGGCACACCCUUGGAAAUCACGUGCGUCUUAGAUCCCGACAAUGAACAAGUGCAAAGUUUGUAUCGAAAUGACACCUUCGACGGCAGCGAAGCCAAAACGCCGAGMCAGCGGAUCAUGUUUUACAAGAACGCUGAACGUGUUUCCAGACAGUACAUGACGAUUAUAAAUGAAACGGCGGCUCAAUUGCAUAUCCCCGAUCCACCGGCUGGACGAGAUACCUAUUAUUGCACGCUGUUACUUGACGACCAACCGGACCCAAACCACAGCAAUGAUAAUAUCAGUGGUGCUCAGUCCACACCGUCAAAUGAUUCGUCGACAUUUCCCACACCUCCGCCGACGAGCUUGGAAACCAGCGGACCACCUUCGCUGGUGUCACAGUCCUCUGAAGUCGGGGUGUGUCUCAACAGCGUUGCCGUUGGAUAUAAACCCGCAAUGAUUAAAAAUUUCACUUGUAUAUCCGACAAUUGGGUAAGUUUGACAUGCAAUUGGACUAAACCACAGAACCCAAUUAAAACAACCUAUAAGUUAUUCUUCAGAUUACCUGGUCGUGCUGGAGGAAGAACUAUUAUAAAUUGUCCUAAGGAUUCAGAUUCCAGAGAAAAUACUUGUUAUUGGGAUUUCUCUACCACGCCAAUAUAUAGACAACCAUACGAAUAUUAUUACUUUACAUUACUUGGCGAUAACGUAUUGGGAAAUUCGACUACAUCUAUUCGUUUUCAUCACUACGCCAAUGUUAUCCCCGCGAGUCCUAUUAAUAUUACAGUGGUGGAUAAAACACAAUCUAGUGCCAUGUUAAGGUGGUCUGUAGGCACAAUGACAGCCUUUCCGCGAGAACUAAUUCAUAAGAUCGAAUAUAAGUCUCAAUGGGACUCCAAUCCUGAACAUUGGCAUUCUGUAAAUGUGAGUGAUGUUUGCAAUUCGUCAUCAACUUCCAAUCAAACAAAUAAUUCUUAUUCGAAUUGCCGUGAACGUGAUUCUGACUAUUAUUAUUUUAAUGUAACUGAUUUAAAAUACCCGUUCACGCAUUAUGAUUUUCGCAUAUAUGUACGUUCUUCAGUUGCUCGUGGGGAGGAUAAAUGGUCUCCUCCUGGUUGUAUAACUUUGAAAACCAAGCCUUCAAUACCUAGGAGACCACCACGGACUGAUGUUGGUAGCUUUGAGUGUGUUACGUCACCAGUCGACAAAUCUAAAAGAGACGUCUUCAUUUAUUGGCAAAAUAUUGAAGAUAAUGAAAAAUGUGGUGACUUAUUUGAGUAUCGUGCCUACUAUACUUCUACAACUGCAGAUAACAAAACGAUUAUUCACCGCAGUAAUGAAACAUAUAAGAAUUAUGCCAAGUUUGAAGGACUCAGUACCGACAUUGGGUACAAUUUUACCGUGUAUUCAUCAAACAAAGAAGGUUUAUCAACCGAGUAUUCAACAAUUUUUGUUCCCAGUGAAUCAGACAAACUUGACGAGCCGUUAUCAUUUACAAAAAUGGCAUUUGAUGAACGAGGUGUAUUUGAACUUUCGUGGAAAAAUUCCAGUAGUCAAAAACUAUUAGCAGCCAAUCAAGUCAACGAUUAUACUAUAUUUUGGUGUGAAAAUGAUAAGGACCGGCCAUACCAGUGCAAUGGUUACAUGAACUGGAUGCAUAUACCAAGUUCAGAAUCUUGCUAUAAUAUUACUGUAUCAGAUCAUAUGAAAAUUUAUCAAUUUGCAAUAAGUGCUAACAGUCAGAGCUCACUAAAGACCACAGAUAUUACUGGUUUUUAUCAAACACCUUCUAUUAGUAGUGGGAUGGUAUGGGCAUCGUGCACAGUACUACAUAAUAAAAUUGUCGGAAAAAUAAAAAAUGUCUGGGUAAAUAUGAUUAGCUCAACAUCUAUGGAAUUGAGAUGGAAACUUGACUGCUCUGAUAGAAUAGGCGCAGUUCUAGGAUUUCGUAUAUUCUACUGCCCCGUAGUAUCCAUAAAUAAUUCUGCUUGUAAAGAACCUAUGUUAAAUAAGACCGUUGGUGGUGAGAUGGCACAAGAUAGUAGAGGAAUUGCAAGCAUUACAGAUCUCAAGUCAUAUACUACAUACAUGGUUACCAUUGCAUUAAUAACAAAACAUGGUGAAGGGUUACAUAGCGAUCCUUUGCUCAACACCACUUUAGAAGGAGCACCUGAUAUUCAAAACCUAACAAUAAAUGUCACGAAACUGACCAAUACGACUGUGUCUCUUCAAUGGUCGCCUCCUAAAGUCGCCAAUGGUAUUGUCCGUUACUACCAUAUUCAUUAUUAUUUGGACGAUACAUUACAGCAGCAGGAUUUGAUUGAUUCAAUUGACGAACAACAAAUCAUAAAUGAACAACGUCGUAUUACGGUUCACGACACAAAGUGUCGUCUGGAACACCUUGAAAGUUAUAGAAGCUACACAAUUACCAUCACAGCAUGCACAACAGUUUGUUCAGAGCGUUCACUUCCCAUAAAAGUUCGAACAGCUGUAGGGCUGCCAGGAAGGGUUUCUCAACCAAAUUUGUUCUACGAAAACAGCACUAGGAUAGCCGUAUCUUGGCCAAAACCCAUGAAACCGGCUGGCCCAGUUGAUUAUUACGAAUUGAUUGUAGCACAUCACAGUGGACCCACAAACUCGCAAACUACAAACAGUGGUUCAUCUUCACCUACUGCUUUGGCUUCCACACAAAUACAGGAAAAUCCGAACAAUUUCUUAUACCAUAGCAAUUCAAACAUGUUCCGUGUACCUGUUCCGGAUUGUAAUAAUGAACAGGAUAGGGGUCAACAAACUUUUUCAUUUGCAGUUCGAGCUGUGAACAACAAUCCACUUGAUCCUCAUAGGCCGUAUUAUGGUCAGUGGUCUGUUCCUGGGUCGGUCAGUUGUGUGUUACCAGGUCUUCCCCUAGCACUUCAUUUAGUCAUAUGGUCAUGUUUGUUCAUCGUUUUGUCCACUGUUUCCACGUACUGGGGUAACAGGCUUUGGAGGAAAUACAAAGUAAUGCAUAACGUAGAAGUAGUACUACCACCCACAUUGAACAUAAAUUUUAAAUUUGACCAUUACAACAACUUUGGUGAAAACGUAUUGGACUCGGGUCAACACUAUUACGUAGAGGACGGUCACAUCAUAUACGACAAUGCGCCGGCCGAUGUUGACGCCACCACCAUCGCGUUCUACAACGGAAAUUCGAACGCGUUGUCCGGGUCGAAUCAUCGUAAAAAUAGCAGUGCCAAUGCCAGUUCCGAGCGUCUGCCGUCGUCCCGGUGGAGUCCUGCGACGGCUUCGACUACCAUAACGGCGGCCGACGACGAUGACUCUUCGUCUAGCAAACACCAACUCAUUAUGCCAUCGGCAUUGCCAAAAACGAAGAGUGAGAGUCUUAGCGACGGAAACAGCGUGAAAUGUGAUGAAGAGGAAAUACUGGAGGUAGCUCCUCCCACGGAACCAGUCUUGCCAUUCUUUUCGUUGCCUGACACGCCAACGAUAACAACCCCCGCGACGACCAGCAGUAUCAUCCCCAAUGGUAACGGUUACCAAAGCACCGGUAAAAGUUAUCAGAGCACCGGUAACGGCUACCAGAGCACCAGUAAUGGCUACCAGAGCAGUGGUUAUGGUUACCAAACCAACGGCAGUGGUUACCAGGAGAGCAACAUCUGUCAGGGCGUCGCGAAAAACCGAUUCGUUGGCGACAGUCGCGGUGACGGCGUUGUUGCCCCCGCGGCGGUCAUUAGUUGUUUUGUGGGCGACCAGCGGCAGUCGAAUGACAAAAAUCUCCGUCGGUGUGGUGGCGGUAACCCAUCGCCCGCUGCAGAUGUGGCAAGGGAAUUUGUAUUUCCCGCCGCGGAAACCGUCACUGACGAAAACCGCUCACAUCACGAACAGGAGGGUGAACUGCUUCCUUAUUGUGUCGAUGAUAAACAACAAUCCCAACGACUGCCACAAAAAAAUCGAAACGACGGCUAUUGUGGCAAACAAAUGAUGAUCGCAUCGGCCACGGUCGCUGGUGUUCCCAACGAUCUUGGCAGAGUCAACGGCGUUGGAACCACAGUCAGCCAACAACAACAGCUACCACUACCGCCGCUUCCAUCAACACCGCCGCACCAGCAACAACCAAAACGGCUGCAAUCACCACCACCCACGCCGCCGUCACAACAAAUACCACCUACGACGACGCUUCUCGCUUCGAGCACGGCGUACGUCAUGUUAGAUAUGGUGACCGCGGAAGCCGAGAAAAAACGACUCUUGCACAUGGGUGGUGGACGAAUAGACUUCGGAAAACCCGUCGCCGUUAUCCAACAACCGACCGUGUCGGUGGAUGCCGGUUGCGGUACUUCCACUGCUCAAUUAUAAACUUAGUUGCAGUUAUGACGCCCUAUUUAUAAUAAUUAUGUUUUUAUAUGAAAUUAAAAUCAAUAAAAACAUUUCUGUUAGCUAUAGUUAUACAUAAUACAUUGUACAUUUUGAUGUGAUUAUUAUAACAAUUAUUAAUUAUACUAUCCAAGUAAUUCUAUAAACCCAAACGGUUAAAAAAACAGACUUGACAUUGUAAUCAUUUACGGUUUCCGAGUUCAGGAGAUUAAAAAUAUUAAAUUCCAACAUCUAAGUGACCACAUAGUAUUAUAAUAUACUUAUGAUACCGACUCUUCUGU